CCUCGAAGCAAAUGCAGGUGGAAGCUCUGCCAUUUUUGGAACGCGGUCCUCUCCGUCGCGCGCCUGUACAGCAGCGAGCACCACGUGGUUUGGAGUCACGUGGGGAGCUUCGUUUCCUCCUUCCGCUUAGAAGUGACGAGAAGCGAGAGCAACUCGGCAAAAUGGAGGGUCAUGAUAUCAAAGAGCCAGAACAACUAAGAAAGCUCUUCAUUGGUGGCCUGAGUUUUGAAACAACAGAUGAGAGUUUGAGGGCACACUUUGAACAAUGGGGGAAGUUGACAGACUGUGUGGUGAUGAGAGACCCACAGACCAAACGCUCCAGGGGAUUUGGUUUUGUGACCUAUUCCUGUGUGCAAGAAGUGGAUGCUGCCAUGACUGCUCGUCCCCAUAAAGUUGAUGGUCGGGUUGUUGAACCCAAAAGAGCUGUAUCUCGAGAGGAUUCAUCAAAGCCUGGUGCUCAUUUAACAGUAAAAAAGAUAUUUGUGGGUGGAAUCAAAGAAGACACUGAAGAAUAUCAUUUGCGCGAGUACUUUGAAAAAUAUGGAAAGAUAGAAAGCAUUGAGGUGAUGGAAGAGCGCCAGUCUGGGAAGAAGAGAGGCUUUGGAUUUGUCACAUUUGAUGAUCAUGACACUGUUGACAAAAUAGUUGCCCAAAAGUAUCAUACUAUCAACUCUCAUAACUGUGAAGUCCGGAAAGCCCUUUCAAAGCAAGAAAUGCAGGCUGCCUCAAGUCAGAGAAGUCGUGGUGGUGGUUCUGGUAACUUCAUGGGUCGAGGAGGAAACUUUGGAAGUGGUGGGAGCAGUAACUUUGGCCGGGGUGGAAACUUUUCAGGCAGGGGUGGUUAUGGUGGAGGAAGAGGUGGCUAUGGAGGAGAUGGUGGUGGUGGAUACAAUGGAUUUGGCGGGGAUGGUGGAAAUUACGGUGGCGGCCCAGGUUAUGGUGGUGGCCGAGGUGGCUAUAGUGGUGGUGGCGGCGGCGGCGGCGGCGGUGGCGGCGGCCCUGGUUAUGGCAACCAAGGUGGCGGAUUUGGAGGAUAUGACAACUAUGAGGGGGGCAACUUUGGAGGCAACUUUGGCGGUGGAGGAGGGAACUACAAUGACUUCGGCAAUUAUGGGGGCCAGCAGUCCAAUUAUGGACCUAUGAAAGGAAGCAACUUUGGUGGUAGAAGUUCAGGUGGGCCCUAUGGUGGUGGCUAUGGAUCCAGCAGUGGAAGCGGUGGUGGAGGUGGAUAUGGCACACGAAGAUACUAAUUUAAUGUAGAUAUUGGCUACAGUUCUUAGCAGGAGAGGAGAUGAGCAAGGAGUUGUCAGGAAAGCUGCAGGUUACUUUGAGGCAGUCGUCCAAGUGCAUUAGAGGAACUGUAAAGGUCUGCCACAGAAGGAGCGAGGAUCCAUAGUCAGAAAAGUUAAACUGCAGCUUAAACAGGAGAACUUUCUUGUUGAGGACUGUAUCCACUAGCUACAGAGUGCAAAAGUGUAGCUACUGAUAAAUGAUAUAGUGUCUCUUAGAUGUACAUUCCUGAGGUUUUAUUUGUUGCUAGAUUUUUUUUUCCCAUUUUGCAAGUAUAAUGCCCAUGUAAACUGUGGUAGUGUUAUCAGGAAUAAAAACAACUUUUUUU